UUCGCGGUUGCCAGAAGUCAAGAUGAAGUUUACCGUGUUUGCCUCCCUCUUCGCGUCCGCUGCUGCCUUUGCUCCGGCUCAGCAGGCUGCCCGCACUUCGGUCGCCACGAACAUGGCGUUCGAGAGCGAACUUGGUGCUCAAGCACCGCUUGGAUUCUACGAUCCUCUCGGCCUUGUUGCUGACGGUGACCAGGAAAAGUUCGACCGUCUCCGUUACGUUGAAAUCAAGCACGGACGCAUCUCGAUGCUUGCCGUUGCUGGAUACUUGGCACAGGAAGCCGGAUGGCGCCUCGGCGGAGACAUCGCCCUCGAUGGAACGAAAUUCGCCGAUAUCCCCAAUGGAUUUGCUGCCUUGAGCGCAAUCCCGCAGGCUGGGCUUAUCCAGAUCAUCGCCUUCAUUGGUUUCUUGGAGACCUCUGUCAUGAAAGACAUCACUGGAGGAGAAUUCGUCGGUGACUUCCGUAACGGAUAUAUUGACUUUGGAUGGGACUCCUUCGACCAAGAGACCAAGCUUCGCAAGCGUGCCAUUGAGCUUAACCAGGGACGUGCCGCUCAGAUGGGAAUUCUUGCCCUUAUGGUCCACGAACAGUUGGGAGUCAACAUCCUCCCAGGUGUUUAAUUUACUUGCUGGGUUAGGCCGUUUCUGGAAUAACAUAUUAGAUUCUAACUGGUUCGAAGCAUUGCGUUGCUGUAACAUUCCCGUUCACAAAAAUACAGAACAGUCUAGAAGUUCGCGACGACAU